CAGACUCCGAGUCGCUCAUGGGAUGAUAUUAUUAUCACAACCGAGAAGAAAAGACUGUUUUCCCUAGACCGACGUCCGCUCACUCCAUCGAGCACAAUUGGCAAAACAAUCAACACAUGCAUGAUUGGCAUCCACGGCAGCUAGUGGUGUAUUCGGACUUACCUAUUACUACAUCGAAUCUAGUAAGACUUCAGGUCUCAGAGUCUGACUCCCAAGAAGCAUCUACCGCGGUGGAAUGGGUGCCCUCUAAAUACACUCCAGACGUAACUCAGUACGUUCUCGUAAGGCCUCCCCGGGCUCCAUGCGGCAAUCGUUGGCUGUUUGGGUUUCCUCUUGUCAAGGAGGAACUUUGGGACAUGGGGACCAUUGCUUUCAAACAAAUUCAGCCAGAAGAAACUUUACCAGACAAUAAUGCCUUCAUCGCGAUGAAUUCCCUUAGAUUUAUCAAGGUAUAUCUCAGUCUUCGCGUCUGUUCUAGGGCACAUGGAAAGGUGGUUGGAAACUCGAAGAAUAUCCCAGCGGAGUGUAUGUGGUCGCCGGGAAAGGUGCUGUUGUUAGUAUUGUGGAGGGAUACAGAACCUGAGGCGACCUGUCCAACGCCAAGUCAAGUGUAUUCCCUGGAGAUGAAGCUCAAGCGGUCACCGGGGUGGUGGGUGGAAGUUCCGCAAUUUUGAUGAAAAAAAUAUUCCGCCAUUGUUCCAUGACUGGCUGUGUCACCUAAGUGCCCCAUUUCUACCAACUCAUUUAUUUUUUGCGGUAGAACCAAUCACUUCAUCACGUCAACGGCCAUCGAGCCAAAUGCCUUUUCGGUAAGAAAUGCUGAGUAUCUUCGCCGAGUUUCCUAGUAGGGGUUCCUUCUACCCCUGGCCUGUUCCUGAACCAAGAUGCGCCACCGGGUAAACAGAUUUGAUUGCUUAUCACAUUAUUUACAAGACCACUUUUACG